AUGGACCCAUCUGCGAGAUGGGAUCCGGAGCUGGAGGGUUCCGCGGAGAGCGCGCUGCCGGAGCCUGCGCCUGCCGGGCUUCGUCCGCGUGUCCCUGCGCACCCCUCCGCAAGCGAGCCCGUCCGCCGCUUCGAGCGAGUGCUAACUCUUCCCCAUCGGCCUGCCGCGCGCCCCACUUCGCCGGAGUAUUCAUGGGCCCCUGCACGUGUUGCGUCGAAUCGCCCGGAUGGUCAGCCGCGGUGGGAGCGCGGGCACUCGCCUCCGCGUCAGCCUCCUUGGCAGCCCUCUCCACGCCGCCCUUCUCCUGAGCAUCGUGAACCUCAUCAGGGCAGGGAGGGGGAUGAGCGGUCCCCUGCGCGUCCUUGCUCUCCUCGCCGCCCAUCCCCUCGUGGGGGUCGCCUGGACGUCGCUGGGAUUCGGGCCGUCGCGAGCAGUCCCAUCCGCAUCCGCACUCUGCUGGUUCCGGAGGCGCGGGCGAGUGGAGAGCCGACUCACGUACACAUUGAGGUGACCAACGGUCCUCCCUUCUCCGCGGACCAUUGCCAGGUGGCUCCUCUGCGCGUGCCGACGCUGUGCGAAUAUCUGCCUGCGCGGGAGGGGAGGGCUCAGAUUCGCACCCCUCGUCAGGUCCCGGGCUUCUCCGCACAGCGCUUCUCUGUUGGCCGGGCUCCUGGUUGGCUGACAUCGUUUCCGCGCGAAGCUCCGACUGCACCUCCCUCCACUCACGUGGGGAGAGACCCUAUGCUGACCAUGUGCCAGAUUCUGAAUCUGGCGGAGGCGUGCGAGGUGGUGGCGAACUUGCAGCUGGCGGUGUGUGGGGCCACGCGGAACUUUCCGAGCAGUUAUGGUCCAGGGUCCCGAGGGUCCUGCGUGUCUUUGGCAGAGUCGCUCGAGUCGCCGUUGGCACCCGUGUCGGAAGCGCCCACUGGGGUAGCGCCCUUAGCGCGUACCUUCCCCCGCCACGUGGGGGAUCUUGUAGGGGCUCCUCGAGUCGGGACCCCUGUGGACACACUUCAGUCGUCAGCGCAUCUCCUCCUUGCGAUGUCGGCGUGCAUGCGCUCGAUGCUUGAGGUGGAGGGGGCGGAGCCGUACACGAUGUAG